UCAGGUGGGGAUGCGGAGCUCAAGGAUUGUUAACCCUCUCCGGCCGCGGGUAUUCGCUGGAUAAUCGUCCAACGGUCAAGAACCAACAGCCAAGAUGUCCAUGAGAGAAUGGUACAAGGGGAGGAGCAUCCUCGUCACAGGCGGAUCGGGAUUUAUGGGAAAAGUCCUGAUCGAGAAAUUGCUUAGAUGCUGCCCAGGGAUCGUAACCGUCUACUUCAUCUGCAGGCCCAAAAGGGGCAACAACGUGCAGACUAGGGUGUCGGAAAUGUUCAAACUCCCCCUUUUCGAAUGUCUGAGAAGAGAGAAUCCGGACGUUUUCAAGAAGGUGGUCGCCGUGGAAGGCGACAUCACCCAGGAUGGCCUCGGCAUAGGCAUUGACGCGAAGAACGAGAUCAAAAAGAGCGUGAGCAUCGUGUUCAACUUCGCGGCCUCGCUCAAGCUCGAAGCCGGAUUAAAAGAAUCAGUUGAGCACAACACUAGAGGAUCGCAGAGAGUGUUGGAAUUCGCCAAGGAAUUGCCAAAGCUAGCCGUGUUUCUCCAUUUGUCAACGGCAUUUUGUCAUUGCGAGGAGGAGGUUUUGGAGGAGAGGCUCUACCAGCCACCUGCGGACCCGCAGGACAUCUUGGAUGCCAUGAAGUGGAUGGACGCUGAUACCGCUGACCUUAUCACACCCAAGCUGCUUGGAGUUCACCCCAACUGUUACACAUUCACAAAAAGGCUUACGGAAGCUCUUAUGGCCAAAUAUGGAAAACAGAUGCCGAUCGUUGUGUGCCGACCAGCUAUUGUUUCUCCAUCGCUGAAGGAUCCCAUUCCUGGAUGGGUUGACAAUCUGAACGGUCCAGUUGGCGUUUUUAUCGCAGCAGGAAAAGGAGUUUUGCGAACGAUGCUUUGCGGUCCGAACAAUACAGCUGAGGUCAUCCCAGUCGACGUGUGCAUCAACGGGAUACUCAUCGCGACUUGGAAACGUGGCAUCACAAAGCCAAACGAUGUUCCAGUCUAUAAUAUGACAGGAUCAAAAAAGAUCACUGCCCAAUGGGGACCAUUAGUUGAAAAAGGAAGGUCUCUUCUUAAGGAGUACCCUUUAGAUCCCGGCCUCUGGUACCCAGGCGGUACCAUAAGGACGAACCCGUACACCCACGCUCUCGCGCUUUUCUUUUUCCAGAUCAUCCCGGCGUACUUUAUCGACUUCAUCAUGCUCAUCGCUCAGCAAAAGAGAUUCAUGGUCCGGGUACAGAACAGGAUCCUACUCGGCCUCAAGCUACUUCAGUAUUUCACGAUGAGGAACUGGCAUUUCGAAGCGGACAAUUUUAUGAAUCUUUCGAAUUUACUCGACGAGAAAGAGCGGGAAAUAUUCUUCACUUCGAACGUCGACGUCGAUUUGGAUACAUAUCUCAAAAACUUCAUUCUGGGAAGCAAAAUCUACUGUUUGAAAGAACCGAUCGAGACAAUGCCGAGGGCCAGGAAAUACAUGAAAAUGAUGUACGUUUUGGACGUCACAUGCACUUGCAUUAUCUACUUCGCCCUGGCCUACUACCUUGCACCAUUGAUAUUUCGCCUGAAAGAUUUUGUGAAUAGAAGUCUUCAUUAUACGCCUGUAUCUGCCAAUUGAUUACUGCUUAAAAAUGCCAACAAAUAUCAAUUUGUGAAAUAACUUAAGACUGUGCUUUACACAUUUUUGUGCCUCUGUACGCAGGACUGAUUUUUAUUGCUUUUUAUUUCGUAAGUUUCUCGUUAUGUAAUCACAGUUAGUUUUUACCAUGAACAUGAUUACAUUGUUAAUUAUUGCGUACGGCCUAAUUUUAGUUUGUAUUACUGUCGAAAUGUGAAUGUUAAUAAUAUAAUUUUUAACAACAUUUUACACCUAAGGAUAUACAAAUGUCUCUAAUCCUGGUGUUCGCUGAAAAAUCAAUGUUGGUUUUUUUAAAAAUAUUUUGUUUACAGUGCGUAUUUGUUUUAUGCCAAGAAGAGAAAGAAAAAUUUGUGUUCAAUUUGUAAAAAAACAAAUUACAAAUCUGUAAAAAAUAUCCAACAUAGUUAUGCAUAGUACAAAUUAAACUAUUUCUUGUAAAAAUGAAUUAUUGGUGGUUGGUUAAACUGGACAUUAUGCAAUGUAUUGUUUUUGGUUUGUAUAGCAAUUAUGUUGGAAAUAUGUUAAGUGGAUGAUUUCACAAGAUACCCUUUUGACAUGUUUGAAAAUAAUUUAAUAAAAUGCACUAUGCUUUAUUGUA